AUGGCCUUCACCCCAAGUUAUAAUGGAGUUACAGCAGAACUUAAGGAUGUAGGGGCUCAAAUCAUCCAGGAUAGUGGCAACACACCUGCUCCACUUCCACCAGCUCCAACUGCUCCUCCUCCUGCUCCACUCCCACCAGCUCCAACUGCUCCUCCUGCUGCACCACUCCCACCAGCUCCUCCUGCUCCUCCUCCUGCUUUGGAAACAAUUGCUCCAGUUCCGAUGGUUACAACUCCUCCUGUGCCAACCCCAAUCCUGCUCAAACGAUGUCCAGUGUUUACAACUCCUCCUGUUGACAGAACUACUGCUGCUCAAGUGACCCCAGAAAUCAUCUUUACAACUAAAGAAACAAUUGCCCCAGGUCCAGUGUUUACAACUCAUCCUGUUGACAGAACUACUGCUGCUCCAAAUGACCCCAGAAUUUCGUCGUUUACAACUAAAGAAAUGGCCCCAGGUCCAGUGUUUACAACUCGUCCUGUUGACAGAACUACUGCUGCUCAAAUGAUCUCAGAAUUCAACCUUACAACUAAAGGUCAGACACAAGAUGCCUCCCCUGGCGGUUGCCUGGGUGUUCUACCGUCGGCUGGGGCGACCAAGACCGUGAAGAGCUGCACUGUGUGUGGUAGCGGCCUGGGACAGGCCGUAGGGACCCCCAGGUGCGGAGUGGAACCACAGGUGAGAAGCGGCGUCAGCAGGUCGAGGAAACCCACAGGUAGCGGCGUCGGCAGGCAGGGGAGGCCCACAGGUGUGGCAGCUAUGUCGGUGGGCCGAGGACUACAGGCGAUGGCGUUGGAAGGGUGA